GGAACGCUCUUUUCCCUCUCACACUUCUGUAUAUCCGUUUCUCCCCCCACCUGGAGUCAUCUUAUUUGCUUAGUAAAUGCCGUAUCCCACCAUACCAAAGAGGAAGAGAGCGAAGCAUACUCGUCGACGUGGACCUCCGAAGGAUCCGACAGGACCAUGCUACAUCGAGCGCUUGCCACUCGAACUCUUAUCCGAGAUUUUUACACUCUGCGAGCGAGAUGAACGGAGGUUGGGUGGAAGCGAGAUCCCCGUCGAUGAGUCAUGCGCUGUCCGAUUCUCCCUAGUGAAUCGGUUCUGGAGGAGAGCCGCUCUGUGUACGCCUGCUCUGUGGACAACAGUCUGCAUCUCAACAAACCACCAUAUGCAUCGUGCCGUACGGUGGAUGGAGCGAAGCAAACGACGCAAUCUCACUGUUACGAUGUUUGCUACCCAUCCUGUGACGGUGCACUGAAGUUUUCGUUGCAUUUUACCGGAGCUGUAUCGAGUCGAGACACUCAACAUGAACAUGAGCAAGCACCGAGUCCGACGUCCGUUCCCGAACUUAGGUAUUUCCACCGACUUUUUACGAAAGCUGCAGCUGGCGCAUGUCAAAUUUUCCCGGAUUGAUGACCUUUUCUAUGCAAUGUACGACUGUUCCGGACUGGUGUCUCUCGAUCUGUCGUAUUCAUCUUGUUUUCCCCCAUUCCGUUCUGCCGUUCGCCGUCGUCUGGAGCUAGCCAAAC